AUGAGAUCAAACUCCUGGUUUCCACGUCUUGGGUUACUUUACGUGGCUUUAGUGGUAUUAAUACCAUUUUUAGUCUCGCCUAAACACUCAUUUGCAGUUGCCGCUUCGUCUGAUGAUGACGCACAUGAAAACUAUGGAACUGUUAUUGGAAUUGAUUUGGGUACCACAUACUCGUGUGUUGGUGUCAUGAAGAACGGAAAGGUUGAAAUACUAGCCAAUGACCAAGGUAACAGAAUAACUCCAUCAUAUGUUGCAUUCAAUGGUGACGAAAGAUUGGUUGGUGACGCAGCAAAGAAUCAAGCUGCAUCCAACGUCGACAACACCGUUUUCGAUAUCAAGAGAUUGAUUGGUUUGAAAUACAAUGAUGACACCGUUCAAAAGGAGUUGAAACAUUUGCCAUACAAGAUUGAGAACAAGGGCAAUAGACCUGUCGUUUCCGUUGAAUACAAUGGUGAACACAAGGUUUUUACCCCAGAAGAAAUUUCAGGAAUGAUUUUGGGUAAAAUGAAGUCCAUUGCCGAAGAGUACCUUGGUAAGAAAGUCACGCAUGCUGUUGUCACUGUUCCAGCAUAUUUCAAUGAUGCUCAAAGACAAGCUACUAAGGAUGCAGGUACAAUUGCUGGUUUGAACGUUUUGAGAAUUGUUAACGAACCAACAGCUGCUGCUAUUGCAUAUGGGUUAGACAAGACUAACGAAGAGAAACAGAUUAUUGUUUAUGAUUUGGGUGGUGGUACCUUUGAUGUUUCUUUGUUGUCAAUUGAAGGUGGUGUUUUCGAAGUUUUGGCCACUGCUGGUGAUACCCAUUUGGGUGGUGAAGAUUUUGACCACAAGAUUGUCAGGUACUUGGCCAAGCAAUUUAAGAAGAAGCACAACAUUGAUGUGUCCUCAAACGCCAAAGCUAUUUCUAAAUUAAAGAGGGAAGCUGAAAAGGCCAAGAGAACAUUGUCAUCACAAAUGUCAACCAGGGUUGAAAUUGACUCAUUUGUUGACGGUAUUGACUUUUCAGAGACACUUUCCAGAGCUAAGUUUGAAGAAUUGAACUUGGCUUCAUUCAAAAAGACUUUGAAACCAGUUGAACAAGUUUUGAAGGAUGGUAAUGUCAAGAAGACUGAGAUUGACGACAUUGUCUUAGUUGGAGGUUCCACCAGAAUUCCAAAAGUCCAAGAAUUGUUGGAACAAUUCUUUGACGGUAAAAAGGCUUCCAAGGGUAUCAACCCAGAUGAAGCUGUUGCCUAUGGUGCUGCUGUUCAAGCUGGUGUUUUGAGUGGUGAAGAAGGUGUCGAUGACAUUGUGUUGUUGGAUGUCAACCCAUUGACUUUGGGUAUUGAAACUUCAGGGGGGGUCAUGACCACAUUGAUUAGAAGAAACACUGCCAUCCCAACCAAAAAGUCACAAAUCUUUUCAACUGCUGCCGAUAACCAACCAACAGUCUUGAUUCAAGUUUACGAAGGUGAAAGAACGAUGGCCAAAGAUAACAACAGAUUGGGUAAAUUCGAAUUGACCGGUAUUCCACCAGCACCAAGAGGUGUUCCACAAAUCGAGGUCACCUUCUCUUUGGACGCCAAUGGUAUCUUGAAAGUUGAAGCUGCCGAUAAGGGAACCGGUAAGUCUGAAAGUAUUACUAUUACCAACGAAAAGGGCAGAUUAUCAAAGGAAGAUAUUGAUAGAAUGGUUGAGGAGGCUGAGAAAUACGCUCAACAAGAUCAAGAAUUGAAGGAAAAGAUUGAGGCUAGAAACUCAUUGGAAAACUAUGCUCAUCUUUUGAAAGGACAAUUGAACGACAAAUCUGAAACUGGAUUGGGAUCCAAGUUGGAAGAUGACGACAGAGAAACUUUAGAUGACGCCAUUAAGGAAACCUUGGAGUUUAUUGAAGAUAACUUUGAUACUGCAACCGCUGAAGAAUUUGAAGAACAAAAACAAAAAUUGAUUGACGUUGCCAACCCAAUCACCGCUAAAUUGUACGGAGGUGCAGGUGGAGCACCAGAUGGAGAUGCCAAGUUUGGAGAUGAUGACUCUGAUGAUGACAUAGAUCAUGACGAAUUGUAG